GCGAGCGGGAGGGGGAUGUGGUGCUGCGGCGGCCGCCACCGCAGCUGCCGCUGCCUGCUCGCGGCUGGGUGUCCCGGAGGCGGCUGCUGGGAGCCGCGGGAGCAGCUGCGGUGCUCUGCCAUAUUGUGUGUGGCCCGGCUCCGGGCCCGGCCCUCGCCUCCCCUUCGCGGCGGCUGGAGCUGACGAACUAUACGAAUAAAUGGGUCCAGUAAUUGGAAUGACUCCAGAUAAGAGAGCUGAGACCCCGGGAGCUGAGAAGGUUGCAGGACUAAGUCAGAUUUACAAAAUGGGAAGCUUGCCUGAAGUUGGGGAUGCUGCAAGGCCAAAGGCCACCCUGGUGGGCAGUGACUCAGCAGAUGAUGAACUAACGAAUUUGAACUGGCUUCAUGAAAGCAGUAAUCUUCUGACAAACUUCAGGCUUGGAAGUGAAGGUCUUCCCAUGGUUAGUCCGCUGUAUGACAUAGAGGGAGAUGACAUGCCUGCCUUUGGACCAUCCUGCUUCCAGAGCCCAGAAAAGAAGUCAGCAACUUCAAAGCCCCCAUACUCCUUUAGUCUUCUCAUCUAUAUGGCUAUUGAACACUCUCCCAAUAAAUGUUUGCCUGUGAAAGAAAUUUAUAGCUGGAUUCUGGACCGCUUCCCAUACUUUGCCACCGCACCCACCGGCUGGAAGAAUUCUGUUCGGCAUAAUCUGUCCCUGAAUAAAUGUUUUCAGAAAGUGGAAAGGAGCCAUGGCAAGGUUAAUGGAAAAGGGUCCUUAUGGUGUGUUGAUCCAGAAUAUAAGCCCAACCUUAUGCAGGCCUUGAAGAAGCAACCUUUUUCCUCUCCACAAAGUGGUUCCUUACCGCCUCACUACCUGAGCUCUGUUCUCAAGCAAAGUCAAGUGCAAACUCUUAAAGAAUCUGAUAUUGAUGCUGCCACUGCAAUGAUACUUCUAAAUACUUCAAUAGAACAAGAGAUUUUAGAAUGCGAUAAGCCUCUGCCUCUUAAAUCGUCACUGCAGAAGAAGCGGGGUUACAGCAGUGCAUUCGGUGCCCCCGGCGCUGUGCGGCUGCAGGAGAGCCAUUCUCCAGCGGCCAACAUCGACCCGAAAGCCGACCACAAUUACAGCGCCAAUAGCAUGGCAGCUCAACGCUGUGCAUCCAGGGCCAGCGUCUCUUCCCUGUCUUCUGUGGAUGAGGUGUAUGAGUUCAUCCCAAAGAGCAGCCACGUGGGGAGUGAUGGCAGCGAGGGCUUCCACAGUGAAGAAGACACAGACGCUGAUGCUGAUGAGGAGGACGAUCCUCUUGGAGACAGCGGCUAUGCACCGCAAGCUCACGAAGACAGUGCUCCAAAAGGACAGCCAGGCAAAAAGAUGCGAAAACAGGCGUGUCCAGAGAUUGAUGAGGAACUCAAAGAAGCAGCUGGGUCGCUUCUCCACCUUGCUGGAAUCCGUACCUGCCUUGGUUCCCUAAUAAGUACUGCAAAGGCACAAAGUCACAAACCCCGGGAAAAGUAGAAACACUUACUAGUGUGAAGUUCCUUACAUGUGGCAAUACUCUUCUUCUUAGCUCUUUACAAGGGAUGCCAGAGCCAUAGAGGACCUCUUUAGCUUCACGGUGGGUAGGGGAGGAGUGCCACUUAUUUCCUCUUAAAUACUUUUUGGUUGCUUCUCUUUCUGUUUUUGUUUUGUUACAGUUGCUCUUAGGAUCAUGCCUAAUUGUAAAUCUGAUACAAAGACCCGCAAAACAUAAAUUCUGAAUAAGCGUCUCUCAAAUUUGGAAAAUGUUGUAUAAGAAAAUUCUCAACCUCUGUCUUAAACUUGUAGGGAAAAAAAGAUGAACCUCUUGCUAAUUGGUCAAAAAUUUAGAAAUUGUAACUCAGUGUUUUCAGUUUUCUCCCCAUCCUGUAAUUACCUGCAGUUGCUCAUGUAGCUAAGCAUAUGCUGGCAUCUUUCUCAUGUGUCCCUCUCCUGACACAAUCCAGAGGUGAAAUGCACAUCUGUCUUAUUCUUGUUUUAAAUUAUUCUUUGUUGCAGCAUGAGCUUUGCCAAAUAUACAUGGGAAAGAUGCCUAGAAAGUUCUCUGGUUUGCAGUGAAUACAGCUGUAAGGUUUAGGAAAGGCCAUUUGGGGGUGUGGCUCAUCUCAAGACUCCAAUUCCUGUUGCAACAGUAUCUUUGAGAUGUUUUUACCUCACAGUUAAUGCAUAGCAUCGCUGGGGCCUUUUCCAGUGUACUUUGUAAGUGUUUAAGCUUUAGUGGCUAGCUGUCUCAGUUAAGUAAAGAUUGUCCAGUGAGAGGACAGAGUCAGUGUGUUGUGGGAUAACAUCCACCUUUACACUUUUACAUAAUAAUGACAUAAGUAAAAGUAGGUCAUUGAGGACAAAACUUUCCAAGCUUUGUAUAAGUUAAAAUUAUAUGUGUAAUGAAUUAGAUUUAAAACAUUUAAUAGACAACUGUAGAGAUCAAUAUCUUCAGGGAUUUCAAAAUAUGUAUAAAAAUUAGAUCUUGUACAAAUCUUUUUGAGAGGCAUUGUAAUACCUAUAUGUGCCGUUAAUCCAUGCGAAAAGAUUUUAUAUUACUAUUGCAAAAGUGCAUUGGCUAAGAUAUUAAGUAUUUAAAUAAAACUGCUUAUAGGAGACAGUUUUCAUAUCACAGUUUGACUAUAGUGUUCAGAACAGAAAUACUAAUACUGUAACUCGAAAAUAUAUUUUUUUACAGUAAUGGGAGAAACUUUUGGAAAGUUUAGUCUUAUUUCCUGAUACAACCUGUAUCCUAGGCAGUGAGCUUUUAUGCAUUUUUCUAAUUUAUAUGCAUAUAUACACUUGCUGUAUGCACACAUACACAGGCUCAGGUCAGUUUCCUGUUUUCAAGUGUUUUUAUGACUAUAAAGCAUUUUCUUGAACUUUUUUUUUAAGAGACAAAUGUUUUAUUUUUUUUUAUUUGGGCAAAACUGUCAAAUGAGAAGAAAAAUAAAAGCAUGUUUCUUAAUUGACCACUCUUUAAGCUAUAACAGCAUUGAUACUCUCCUGUUUCCAUGUUAGUUGUAAUUAAAUCUAGAUAGCUGCAUUAAUGGAAUGGGUGCUACUAAAAUAUUGACAUUUUUCUUUUAUUGAUAGUGCAGGAUGAGGAAUUUGAAAUUUUUCUAACUCAUAAAUGUUAUCUCUCCAAAAAAACAGUGAAGCUAGUCUCUUACUGCAGUGAAUAAGACACCAAAUAAAAGUAUGGUUUUACCAUGGUGUGUAUUAUAAAGAGCUUAUAAAGCUCGGUUGGAUAGCACAGUAUUUUGAAGCUAAUCACCAUGGCCCUCUGGAUUGGCCUUGCACAGUAUCCAGGACCAGGCCAUUGCACUCUGCUCUGGAAUUUUCUACCACAAGUGUUUCUCUAAGUUCUAUUAGCUGUUCUGGAUCUGCAAUGAUCUGAAGUAGGAGGAAAGUUAUUCUUAGCUCUAAGAAAUCCCUUCAGAUGCCUAUUAGUAACUUACUCUUCUUUUCCCUCUUCAGUGGACUUUUAUGUAAAGCUAUAGCCAUAAGCAAGGAUGAUACCUGGCCUGUACACCAACAGCAGAGCUCCUAACAUUUUGCACUUAGUUCUUGUAUAGAAUUUGGUGCCUGGCUUUCCACGUGCUCUUGUGUCUGGGCAUCCAUUUCAAGGGGAGAGCCUUCAUUCUGGCCCCUUGCGAUGUCCUUGGGGACCAUGCUCCUGCUUGAAGUGCUCUGAUGGGAGAUGUAGCUGGAAGCUUCCAGUUAAGGAAGUCCUUCCAAACCUCAUGGGCUGGAAAUUUCCAAUAAUUAACACACUUUGUUUAGUAAACAUGACCUAGAAACCCAGGGACAACAUACAUGUUUCAGCAUAUUAAACUUGUUUUAGCUAAGGUAUACUUUGUUUUACAUCAAAAUAAGAAUUUUGUUGCAACCUGUUCCAGUUUUAAUGGGUCUCCCGUAAAAGCUGUGUCUUGGCACUAUUAUCUUUAUUUUCCACAUCGCCAAGAGAAUCAGUGUUUCUUGAAUACAUCUUUGAAAUUUGUGCAAUAUGUUACUAAAUUAGUUGAUCUUUUGCUUUUUAAUUCAGCAUGAGAACAUUGCCUAGAUGAAUAGAAAAGCAAAGGUGUAUCACUCCCUUCCCACCUGAGACCCUUGCCUGUCCUCAGAGCCAGCGUGACUUCUCAGAUUCCUUUGUAUAGUGUAAGGUCAGCACAUGGGUUUAUUGUUGGUGUUUUGGGUUUUGUUUUUUUGUUUGUUUGUUUUUCGAGACAGGGUUUCUCUAUUGUUUUGAAGGCUGUCCUGGAACUAACUCACUCUGUAGACCAGGCUGGCCUCCAACUCACAGAGAUCCACCUGCCUCUGCCUCCCAAAUGCUGGGAUUAAAGGCAUGUGCCACCAAUGCCUGGCUCAGCACAUGUUUUUUGUUUUGUUUUCCACUGUUUUCUGAGGCAUUUGUAAAGGGUUCACACUAGACGGUCAGUUUAAACACACGUUAGCGCAGUUGAAAGCUAGAGCAAGUGUUAAGGGAAGGUUGUGUCUUUGUAGACUGGGGGUGUUUAAGAACAACUCCGGCUGCAGGUGGGAGUGUUCCACAGAGCCGCAAGACUGUUAGCCAAAAUCGAAGACUACUUUUACCCUUUGAAAACUAGAAUUUUCUAAAGCAACUUUUGAGGCUUUCUGGUUUACAUACAUGUCAUAGAGUUUUUUUUUUCCUCCUUUGAAAUGUGUAACUUUUGAUUAAAGUUUAUUCCAGUGUGUUAAUGAUGUAGUCAAAUAUUUAUUGAAAGGCAAAAAUAGAGUAUUUUAAUGUUAUACCUGCCAUUUUUCAAGAACAUUCUUUGCAUCUAACUGCCAGUGCCAUUGUCAAACUUGUUUUCAGAAUCGUACUUUUUAUUAAACAGAGUGCUUACUUUUAAAAGUAUUAUGUGGCCAUCAUAUAGUGUAUAAAAUGUAUAAUUGCCAAUUCAUUGUAACUUAUUUAUUUUUAAACAAAAGUAUAAGAAUACUUUUUGAUUAAUUAAAGAAAUUUGUUAUUAAAUUGUUUCCUCUUUUCUGAUGUAGCAUAAAAACUUCUGAGUUUAACUGCCAAUAGAUGACCAGACACAAGUGAACCUCUUCUCAGUUGCCAGUCUUUGCUCUUAGUCUUUAAACUUACAAAUGUUUAGUUUUUGUAUCUAAUCUCUGACUAUUAAUGUCUAUAAAGUUUAUUUUUACCAAAGAGAUGCAAUUCAUUAUGAUAAAGUUGCAGAGUAAACGUCAUUUUGUAACAUU